UUCUUGAAUCCUUUGAUUGGGCGGUCUUUAUUACUUUUGAGAUUUUUUUGGGUGGUAGUGAUGGACAGUGGUGAGAAAGUGGAAGCAGGGUCUUCUUCUUGGGUUUUUCACAAGCAAGAACAAGUAGUAAGAGAAAUGCUGACCGAGAAGUCUGAGAAGAUUUGUGAUGAUGAAGUGGUUGAACUGGACGAUGAUGAACAAGAAGAUGAUGGGGUUGCUUCUGGUUUUGUUCCUGGUCCCUUGGUUCCUCUCAAAGAACAGCUUGAGAAAGAUAAGGAUGAUGAGAGCUUAAGGAGGUGGAAAGAGAAACUUCUUGGCUGUUUGGAAGAAGACUUAAAUGGUCAAAUGGAGCCUGAAGUUACAUUCCACUCCAUAGGGAUUGUCUCUGAGGACUUGGGAGAGAUAAAUACUCCUUUGCCCUUGGAUGCCAAACAAAGCAACCGUGUUCUAUUUACUCUCAGGGAAGGGUCCCAUUAUCGACUGAAGCUGACAUUCACUGUGCAGCACAAUAUUGUCUCUGGCUUGGCCUACUCCAAUACUGUCUGGAAAGGAGGACUUAAAGUUGAUCAAAGCAAAGGCAUGUUAGGUACUUUUGCUCCACAGAAGGAACCCUAUGUACACAGCCUAGAUGAGGAGACCACUCCCUCUGGUGUGCUUGCAAGGGGAAUUUACUCAGCAAAACUUAAGUUUGAAGACGAUGAUAGAAGAUGUUAUUUGGAGCUCAGUUAUUCAUUUGAGAUCAAGAAGCGUAGCUGAUGGAGUCUUUGAGGAACGAGUUCAUUGUUAUUCAUAGUUUCGAUUUUCCAUAACAGUGAUGCACAUUUGUUCAUAUAAUUCUAGUUGCAAUUUGGCUCUGUUAC